AGGCCCGGCGGGGCCGACUGGAGGCGCGGCGACCGUGUCUGACGAGAGCUGGAAGAGGCAGUGGGAGGUGGUGGCAUCGGCGGCGCGGGCGCCAGAGGAGGAGGAGGAGGAGAAGCGGAUGAGGAGACCGAAGGGUUUGCCAGCGUCGCGCAGAGUGUACAAGUGGCACAGAGCAGGCACGCGCCCAGGGCGCCGUCCCUGCCCCUGCGCUGCCCUCUCCACUCCCCGCCGGAGACAGCAUGGUGCGUGGGGCACCAUGGGGCCCGACCGCGUGACCGCCAGGGAACUGUGUGAGAACGACGACCUUGCCACCAGCCUCGUCCUGGACCCCUACCUCGGCUUCCGCACCCAUAAGAUGAACGUCAGCCCCGUGCCCCCCCUGCGGCGACAGCACCACCUGCGCUCAGCGCUGGAGGCCUUCCUGAGGCAGCGGGACCUGGAGGCUGCGUACCGGGCCCUGACGCUGGGAGGCUGGAUGGCCCACUACUUCCAGAGCCGGGGCCCGCGGCAGGAGGCUGCCCUCAAGACCCACAUCUAUCGCUACCUCCGCGCCUUCCUGCCUGAGAGUGGCUUUACCAUCUUGCCCUGUACCCGUUAUUCCAUGGAGACGAACGGAGCCAAGAUUGUGUCCACCCGAGCUUGGAAAAAGAAUGAGAAGCUGGAGCUGCUGGUGGGCUGCAUCGCGGAGCUGCGGGAGGCCGACGAGGGGCUGCUGAGGGCCGGCGAGAACGACUUCAGCAUCAUGUACUCAACCCGAAAGCGCAGCGCUCAGCUGUGGCUCGGCCCGGCCGCCUUCAUCAACCACGACUGCAAACCCAACUGCAAGUUUGUACCUGCAGAUGGGAACGCAGCCUGCGUGAAGGUGCUGCGGGACAUCGAGCCAGGCGACGAGGUAACCUGCUUCUACGGCGAAGGCUUCUUUGGUGAAAAGAACGAGCACUGUGAAUGCUACACCUGUGAGAGGUGGGGACAGCCUGCGGUAAGGGACAAGGGCCCCUGGGCUCCCAGGACCUGGCAGUGCCUCCUCAGGGCCCAUCCCCUCUCCCUGCUCACCCCCCCCCAGGAGAGGCGAAGGUGCCUUCAGACUGCGGCCCCGGGAGCCCCUGCCACCCCCGCCCCUGGACAAGUACGAGCUCCGGGAGACCAAGCGGCGGCUGCAGCGGGGCCUGGACGGCCACCGGGCCUCCGCCCACCCCGCCCCGCUGCGCCGGGACCCCUUCUGUGCUGCCUGCCAGCCCCUGUGCCCCCCGCCCUUCGCUGCCCGCCCCGAUGCCGCACCCCUCUGGCUCCAGUGGCUGCCUCAGCCCCAGCUCCGGGUGCGCCCCAGAAGGCGCCGACGCCCCAAGCCCCGGCGAGCCCCGGCACCCCCCGUUCUCCGUGCUGCCCGUGUCUCUCUACACCGGUGGGGAGGCUGUGGCCCCCACUGCUGCCUGCAGGCGGAGGCCCUGGUGGCCCUAGGUCCGGCCUCCCGAGCCCGCUGGGUCCCCCAGCAGGACUGGCACUGGGCCCGGCGUUAUGGGCUGCCUUACGUGGUCCGGGUGGACCUGAGCCGCAUGGCCUCAGCCUCGCCUGCCACUGCCACACCCGCCCCUGCCAGGACCCCAGGCCCCAUCCCCAUCCCCAAGCAGGCCCUUGCCUUCACCCCCUUCUCCCCACCCAAGCGCCUGCGGCUGGUGGUCAGCCACGGCUCCAUUGACCUGGAUGUCAACAGCGAUGGGCCGUGAUGGGCUGGACAGAGGCCAGGCCAGCAGAGGAGGGCAUCCGUCCUGGUCCCGUCUGCCCCAAGUUCUCGGGAGCUCACCUCCAGAAGGAACUCUGGGACCUCUGGGAGGGAGUUGGCCUUCGACCCCAGCACAACUCUGCCCCAGGGGAGUGCAGGGGGGGGCAGGCCUGGACACCCCCCAGGGAUCUGACCCCUGACCCUUUGUGACUGCUGACCCCUGAGCCACCCCUACCCUGGCAGGAAGCCCUGGCUGUGGCCACCUUCCCGUCCCAGCCCCAGCCUCAGGGUUGAAAGAGUUGUUCCCUUCCCCACCCACCUUCUACUGCCCAGGGAGCAAAGCCAUAAGGGGUGGGGGCCACCCCGUGGCUUCUCCACAGAAGCCCAGGCCUCGGGAGGAGGUGGAACUGGCUUGGGGGUGGACGCCCUACACGCCGCCCCGUGGGGGGGGUAGGUUUGUUCUCAGCUCUGCAACUGUUUGAGGUGGGGGGGGCGAGAUGGGGGUGGCCAGGGGCUUGUCCCCACUACCCCGUGGGUCUCAGGGAGGCCGGGUGCGACCUCAUCUUUCUCAUGGUGCUAUCCCUGGUGCUACUGGGGUGUGGGGGCUCCCUCCCCUCCCCCACACCAGAAUGGGAUAUGUUGGGGGAUUGGAAGCACUUGAACUUUUUAUUUUAUUUUAUUAAAACCUUGUUAUAAGCAGCA